AUGAAAAUUCUUAUUCAAGAAAAUGCUGAUUUACACAAUAUCAGUACUUAUGGCUAUAUGGGUGCUCAUGAUGUAGCAUUGGAUGGGAAAUGUGAUAUCAUCCGAGUGCUGUUAGAGUUGGGGUUUGAUGUAAACUGUAAAUCUAAAAAUGGAAAUACAUUGCUGAAUAUAGCAGCUUCAGAAGGUCACAAAGAACUAGUGCAACUCUUGAUCAGUAAAGGGGCAAAUGUCAAUGACAAAGGCAACAUGGGUCGCACACCAUUACAUGACGCUGUUCAAUCAAACAAUGUUAGUGUAGUUCAGGAACUCAUUGAGAGUGGGGCUACAGUAGAUGCUCAUGACAAUGAACAAAACACUCCUUGGCAUCUUGCUACAUAUUGGGGAUAUAUUCCGAUAAUGAAAACUCUUAUUCAAGCAAAUGCAGAUAUAUAUAAUAUUCGUACUUAUGGCCAUAUGGGUGCUCAUGAUGCAGCAUUUGGUGGGAAAUAUGAUGUCAUCACAGUUCUGUUAGAGUUGGGGUUUGAUGCAAACUGCAAAUCUAAUGCAGGAAAUACAAUGCUUCAUAUAGCGGCUUGGAGAGGUCACAGAGAAUUAGUGCAACUUUUGAUCUCUAAAGGGGCAGAUGUCAAUGACAAAAAUAACAUUGGUUGGACAGCAUUACAUGAAGCUGUUGUAUCUAACAAGGUUAGUUUAGUUCAAUACCUCAUUGAGAGUGGGGCUAAAGUAGAUGUUCAUGACAAUCAACAAAUCACUCCUUUGCAUCUUGCAACAUAUUUGGGAUAUAUUCCGAUAAUGAAAACUCUUAUUCAAGCAAAUGCUGAUAUACACAACAUCGAUACUUGUGGCAAAAUGGGUGCUCAUGAUGCAGCAUUGGGUGGGAAAUGUGAUGUCAUUAAUGUUAUGUUAGAGUCGGGGUUUGAUGUAAACUGCAAAACUAAAGAAGGAAAUACAAUGCUUCAUUUAGCAGCUUUAAAUGGACACAGAGAAUUAGUGCAACUCUUGAUCUGUAAAGGGGCAAAUGUCAAUGACAAAGGCAACAAGGGUCGCACAGCAUUACACAACGCUGUUGAAUCUAAUAAUGUUAGUGUUGUUCAGGAACUCAUUGAGAGUAAGGCUUCAGUAGAUGUUCAAGACAAUCAACAAAUCACUCCUUUGCAUCUUGCAGCAUAUUGGGGAUAUAUUCCGAUAAUGAAAACUCUUACUCAAGCACAAGCUGAUAUUUAUAAUACUGACAUAUGUGGCAAUAUGGCUGCUCAUGUUGCAGCUAAAUACGGAAAAAAAGAUGCUUUAGAGUAUCUUUUAGGAUUAGGGUUUGAUGUAAAAUGCAAAACCAAAAAAGGAAACACAUUCCUUAAUUUAGCCUCUUCCAAAGGUCACAGAGAAUUAGUGCAAUUCUUGAUCAGCAAAGGUGCAAAUAUUAACGACAAAGGCAAUUAUAGUUACACGGCAUUACAUUCAGCUGUUCAGUCUAGCAAUGUUAGUUUAGUUCAAUACCUCAUUGAGAGUGGGGCUAAAGUAGAUGUUCAUGACAAUCAACAAUGCACUCCUUUACAUCUUGCAACAGGUUGGGGAUAUAUUCAGAUAAUGGAAACUCUUAUUCAAGCAAAUGCUGAUAUACACAAUAUCGACACUUGUGGCAAAAUGGGUGCUCAUGAUGCAGUAUUGGGUGGGAAAUGUGAUGUCAUUAUUGCUCUGUUAGAGUCGGGGUUUGAAGUAAACUACAAAACUAAAGAAGGAAAUACAAUGCUUCAUUUAGCGGCUAAGAAAGGUCACAGAGAAUUAGUGCAACUCUUGAUCUGUAAAGGGGCAAAUGUCAAUGACAAAGGCUACAUGGGUCGCACAGCAUUACACAACGCUGUUGAAUCUAAUAAUGUUAGUGUUGUUCAGGAACUCAUUGAGAGUAAGGCUUCAGUAGAUGUUCAAGACAAUCAACAAAUCACUCCUUUGCAUCUUGCAACAUAUUGGGGAUAUAUUCCGAUAAUGAAAACUCUUAUACAAGCACAUACUGAUAUUUAUAGUACUGACAUAUGUGGCGAUAUGGCUGCUCAUGUUGCAGCUAAAUACGGAAAAAAAGAUGCUUUAGAAUAUCUUUUAGGAUUAGGGUUUGAUGUAAAAUGCAAAACCGAAAAGGGAAAUACAUUGCUUAAUUUAGCCGCUUCGAAAGGUCACAGAGAAUUAGUGCAACUCUUGAUCAGCAAAGGAGCAAAUAUAAAUGACAGAGGCUGUUAUGAUUACACAGCAUUACAUUCAGCCGUUCAGUCUAACCAUGUUAGUUUAGUUCAAUACCUCAUUGAGCUUGGAGCUGAGGUAGAUGCUGAAAACGAUGUGCUACAAACUCCUUUGCACAUUGCAGCAAUGAUGGGGCAUUUGACCCCACUGAAAACACUUAUUCAAGAAAAUGCUUUUAUUUAUAGAAUAGAUAUGUGGGGUAAUACAUGUGCUCAUGAUGCAGCCUUUAAAGGGAGAUGUGAUGUUAUAGAGAAUAUUACAAAGUCGGGGUUAGAUGUAAACUACCCAACCAAAAUGGGAAUUACAUUGCUGCAAUUAGCGGCUUAUAAAGGUCACCUUGAAUUAGUGAAACUCUUGAUCAGUAAAGGGGCAAAUGUGAAUGACAAGGACAUAUAUGGUUAUACGGCAUUAGAUGUAGCUGAAGAAUCGAGCAAUGAGAGAAUAGUUCAAUACCUCACUGAAUCUGGGGCUAUGGCAGAUGAUCAUGGGAAUAAACCACCUGCUCAGCAUUUAGCAGCGUUAGGAGGAGACUUCGUAGUAUUGCAAUCACUCAGGCAGGAUAAUACUGAUAUAUAUAAUUUACCAAAUUAUGGCGAUAUGGGAUCUCAUGCAGCAACUAUUCACGGGGAAUAUAAGAUAAUUGAGUUUAUGUUAGAGUCGGGAUUUAAUGUAAACCGCAAAACUAAAGAAGGAGAUACAAUGCUUCAUUUAGCGGCUUUAAAUGGACACAGAGAAUUAGUGCAACUCUUGAUCAGUGAAGGGGCAAAUAUCAAUGACAAAAACAACAAUGGUCGCACACCAUUACAUGCAGCUGUUCAAUAUAACAAUGAUAGUGUAGUUCAGGAACUCAUUAAGAGUGGGGCUAAAGUAGAUGUUCAUGACAAUGAACAAUGCACCCCUUUGUAUCUUGCAAUAUAUAGUGGAUAUUUUAAGAUAAUUAAAACUCUUGUCCAAGCAAAAGCUGAUAUAUACUACGAAAAUGAAAUUUAUAAAGAUAUGGGUGAUCAUAAUGCAGCAUUGGAUGGGCAAUGUGAUGUCAUUAUUGUUCUGUUAGAGUCGGGGUUUGAUGUAAACUGCAAAACUAAAGAAGGAAAUACAAUGCUUCAUUUAGCGGCUUGGAAAGGUCACAGAGAAUUAGUGCAACUCUUAAUCUGUAAAGGGGCAGAUGUCAAUGACAAAAAUAACAUUGGUUGGACAGCAUUACAUAAUGCUGUUGCAUCUAACAAUGUUAGUUUAGUUCAGGAACUCAUUGAGAGUGGGGCUACAGUAGAUGUUCAUGACAAUAAUAACUGCACUCCUUUGCAUCUUGCAACAGGUUGGGGAUAUAUUCCGAUAAUGAAAACUCUUAUUCAAGCAAAUGCAGAUAUAUAUAACAUUGAUACUUAUGGCAAUAUGGGUGCUCAUGAUGCAGCAUUGGGUGGAAUAUGUGAUGUCAUCUCAGUUCUCUUAGAGUCGGGGUUUGAUGUAAACUGCAAUACUAAAGAAGGAAGUACAAUGCUUCAUUUAGCGGCUUUAGAAGGUCACAGAGAAUUAGUGCAACUUUUGAUCAGUAAAGGGGCAAAUGUCAAUGACAGAAACUCCAUUGGUUGGACAGCAUUACAUUACGCUGUUGCAUCUAAUAAUGUUAGUGUAGUUCAGGAACUCAUUGAGAGUGGGGCUACAGUAGAUGUUUAUACAAUUGAACAGUACACACCUUUGCAUCUUGCAACAGGCUUGGGAUGUAUUCCAAUAAUGAAAACUCUUAUUCAAGCAAAUGCAGAUAUAUAUAACAUUGAUACUUAUGGCAAUAUGGGUGCUCAUGAUGCAGCAUUGGGUGGGAAAUGUGAUGUCAUUAAUGUUAUGUUAGAGUCGGGGUUUGAUGUAAACAGCAAAGCUAAAGAAGGAAGUACAAUCCUUCAUUUUGCGGUUUUAAAAGGUCACAGAGAAUUAGUGCAACUCUUGAUCAGUGAAGGGGCAAAUGUCAAUGAUAAAGGCAACAUUGAUCGCACACCAUUACAUGUCGCUGUUCAAUCUAACGAUGUUAGCAUAGUUCAGGAACUCAUUGAAAGUGGGGCUACAGUAAAUGUUCAUGACAAUAAUAAAUGCACUCCUUUGCAUCUUGCAACAGGUUGGGGAUAUAUUCCAAUAAUGAAAACUCUAAUUGAAGCACAUGCUGAUAUUAAUAGUACUAACAUAUAUGGCAACAUGGCUGCUCAUGUUGCAGUUACAUACGGAAAAAUAGAUGCUUUAAAGUAUCUUUUAGGAUUGGAGUUUGAUGUAAAAUGCAAAAACAAUGAAGGAGAUACAUUGAUUCAUUUAGCGGCUUGGAGAGGUCACAGAGAAUUAGUGCAAUUCUUGAUCAGUAAAGGGGCAAAUGUCAAUGACAAAAGCAACGAUGGUUGCACACCAUUACACAACGCUGUAAAAACUAAUGAUGUUAGCAUAGUUCAAGAACUCAUUGAGAGUGGGGCUACAGUAGAUGCUCAUGACAAUAAUCAAUGCACUCCUUUGCAUCAUGCAACAGAACGAGGAUAUAUAUCUAUGAUGAAAAUUCUUAUUCAAGCAAAUGCUAAUUUACACAAUAUCAGUACUUUUGGUAAUAUGGGUGCUCAUGAUGCAGCAUUGGGUGGGAAAUGUGAUGUCAUCACAGUACUGUUAGAGUCGCUUCUUGUUCUCUGCUUAGUUAUGACUAAAGUCUAA